AUGAACCCUGUCAAGGAUACGGCGGAGGUGCAGCGCAAGAAGGUAGCAAUCGUCGAAGAGAGGCUGCAAACGUUUCACGACUACGGUUAUGUGUCGGACAGCGGGAAGCUUCGAGGGGGACCGAAGACUAUGUCUAGGCUGGCAAGUAGAGACGUUGAAAUGAUGGACAAGGAUGAAGGUGACAACAGGAUCUGA